AUGCUCUUCUCAAACUCCCCCAAGAAAGACCCCAAAGCCCCCGCAACCACCCAACCCUCCUCUCCCUCCACCGAAGACUCCGAAUCAACUCAACUCCACCGCCUCGCCCGCCAACGCCCCUCCCUCCUCCCCACCCCAACCCAUGAAGUCCUCUUCCUCCUCUCCAUAACAACCUCCCAACUCCUGACCGAAUUCUUCGUCUGCGGCUUCACAAUCCUCCUCCCAACCGUGACAACCUCCCUCGCCAUCCCCUCUACCGCCGCGACCUGGCCCGCUUCCGCCUUCUCGCUCGUCGUCUCCGCGUUUCUCCUGCCAUUCGGUCGUCUAGGGGACAUCUACGGCGGGUAUCCAAUUUACAUCGCUGGGAUAACCUGGUUCGCAGUCCUCUCCCUCAUCAUCGGCUUCUCGACGAAUUAUACCAUGUUAGUGGUACUGCGUGCGUUCCAAGGUCUAGGACCAGCAGCUUACCUCCCCGCUGGACUACAACUCCUCGGAUCAACGUAUCGUCCCGGACCGAGGAAGAAUUUCGUGUUUUUCAUCUACGGCGCGAUGGCGAGUUUUGGGUUCUUCGUGGGUGUCUUUUUCGCAGGGAUUUCCGGACAGUAUCUCACUUGGAGGUGGUACUUUUGGCUCGGAGCGAUUUUCGUGUCUAUCGUGGCGGUGGUGUCGGUUUUCUCGAUCCCGUCUGACGUCGCGGCGCAUCGAGACAAUGGAAUUGUGAUGGAUUGGUGGGGCAGUGCGGCGAUCGUGUUGGGGUUGAUUUUGGUGGUGUAUGCUAUUACGGACUCGAGCCAUGCGGAGGAUGGGUGGAGGACGCCGUAUAUCCUCGUCACUUUCGUGCUCGGUUGGAUGCUGCUCGGUGUAGCUUUUUACAUCGAAGGAUGGGUGGCCGCUCAGCCGCUUCUCCCGUUCUCCAUGUUCAAAGUCCGCGGCAUGCUGCCCUUUACCAUCGGCCUGUUCUUCGCCUACGGUCCGCUGGGGAUUUACCUCCUCUACGCCACCCUGUUCGCCAUGAACAUCCUCAAUGUAGGUCCCAUGCAACUCGUAGCCUGGUACGUCCCCACCGGCGUCCUCGGCCUUCUCCUCUCCCUCUUCGGCGGCCUCUUCCUCCACCACAUCCCCACGAAACUCCUCAUGGCAAUCACAGCGUUCGCCAUAAUGAUCGAGUCCGCCAUCCUCGCCUGCGCCCCUUCCGACGCAGGUUACUGGCGCUGGUUCUUCAUACCAAUGAUUUGCUCCACGGUAGCCAUCGACUUCAUCUUCUCGGUCGCCAACAUCUUCUUCUCCACCUCCCUGCCCGCUCGACAGCAAGGGUUGGCAGGAAGCUUGAGUAAUGUCAUCUUGCAGUUGGGGAUCGCGGUGUUGUUGGGGUUCUCGGAGGUGAUUGCUUCGGAGACGAAGGAGCAGGGGUUGAAGAGGAGUUAUCAGAAUGUGUUUUGGUUUAAUUUUGCGUGUGGGGCGGUGGCGUUGGUGGUGUUUAUGUUUGUGAGGAUUCCGAAGGCGAGGUGUGAGUUGACGGUGGAUGAGAAGGAGGCGAGGGAGAGGGAGGGGUUUGAAGUUGGCGGAGGUGAGGAUGGAGAGGCGGAAGAGAGGGACGAUGGACAACACCGCGUGUGA